AACACAAAUUAUUGUACUUCAGAACUUUUCCCCGCAUUCCAAAUUUCUUCUUCGGCUAUUUGUUAUGUUUCCCGCGCGCGCGCGCGCCACGUCUUUGGGACGCGUCGGCUUCUUGGUGCGGGACAUUCUGGACCUGCCGGACGCUGCGGGGACGUGCUGCAGUUCGGGUGCCGAAGACCCGGAAGAAGACGAGGCCGAGGCCGAGAAGAACCGCGCCGAGUCUCGCCUCAACUUGUCACUGCACGCGCGUGCGGGCGCGUCACCGGACGAGCCGCGCGACGUCGGUGGCCGUAAAAAGCGUCGCGUCCUCUUCUCCAAAGCGCAAACGUCGGAACUGGAGCGUCGCUUCCGGCAGCAGCGCUACCUGAGCGCGCCCGAGAGGGAGCACCUGGCCGGCCGCAUCCGGCUGACCCCCAACCAGGUGAAGAUCUGGUUCCAGAACCACCGCUACAAGAUGAAGCGGGAGCGAGCCGAGCGCGCCGAGCGGAGCCUGGAGGCGCUGCGGCAGGCUCAUCGCGGAUUCGCCUCCACUCCCACCCCGACGGUUGUGCUUCGGGACGGGAAACCGAGCGAGCGGGUCAGCGGCCUGCUCGACCUGCGGUUGGCCUUUCCGCUAUACGCCCACGCGCACCUAAGCCAGCGGGCCAUCGCGAGGCUCACCUGCUGGAACGGCAACUGGACCUGAGCCGCGCGAGCGCGCACACGUCAUUGGAUACAAGCACUCUUGAAGCACUCUUUUCAUUGCAUUGUUUUUUCGUAUUUUUUAAUUUGACUUAAAAACAUGUUUUAUUUCACGUU